AUCUUCUCGUCGCCUCCUCCUCCUCCUCCUCCUCGUCAAAGUCAAAAUCAAAAUCAAAAUCCCAAAAUCAGAAUCAAAAUCGCAAAAUAGAUAGAAGAUGGCGUGGGUGGAGGAGGCGAAGCGGGGCGGCGAGGUGCAGGUGGAGGUGGAGGUCCGGUCGGUGUGGGCGGAGAACCUGGAGUCGGAGUUCGAGCUGAUCCGGUCGGCGGUGGAGCGGCUGCCCUACGCGACCCUGGACACGGAGUUCCCGGGCGUCGUCCACCUCCCCCGCGGCCCCCACGCCCUCCUCUCCCCGCUCGACCGCUACGCCCUCCUCCGCCGCAACGUCAACUCCCUCCACCUCAUCCAGCUCGGCCUCACCCUCUCCGACGCCUGCCGCUGCGUCACCUGGGAGUUCAACUUCCGCGAGUUCGACCCCGCGCGCCACCCCCACGCGCCCGACUCGGUCGACCUCCUCCGCCGCAGCGGCGUCGACCUCGCCGCGCACCGCGCGCGCGGCGUCGCGGCGCCGCGCUUCGCCGAGCUCCUGGUGGGCUCGGGGCUCGUCCUGAACGGCUCCGCCGUGGCGUGGGUGGCGUUCCACGGCGCCUACGACUUCGGGUACCUGCUCAAGGCCCUCACGGGGCGCGCGCUCCCGCGGGGGAUGGGCGAGUUCGCCCACCUCCUCAGGGUUUUCUUCGGGGACCGGGUCUUCGACGCCAAGCACAUGGCGCAGGCCUGCGGGGGGGCCCUGUACGGGGGGCUCGACCGGGUCGCCGCCCGGCUCGGCGUGGACCGCCCCGUCGGAAAGAGCCACCAGGCCGGUUCGGAUAGCCUGCUGACGUGGCGGGUCUACCGGAGGAUGGGGGACGCCUACUUCGGGGGACGCGAGUGCGAGGAGCACAAGGGGGUGAUCUUUGGCCUUUAGGACCACAGCGCCAAAAAGUAGAUUAAUAAAAUAAUUAAUAAAAAAAAAUUGCUGGGUUUCUUUGUUAUUCUUUAUAUUAUUGUGAUGAUAUAUGUUGAUUCUAGAAGGGAAUUUUUGUAUAGAAAUUUAUUAUUAAAUGAGAAAAAAAAAAGGUGGUAUUUGAUAAA